CAACACGGCGGCGUCGCACACAGGCGCGCGGGUGCUCCUGGGCCGUCAGCAUGGCGGUGUUCGCAGAUUUGGACCUAAGAGCGGGCUCGGACCUGAAGGCUCUGCGCGGACUGGUGGAGACCGCCGCUCACCUUGGAUAUUCAGUUGUUGCCAUCAAUCAUAUUGUUGACUUUAAAGAAAAGAAACAGGAAAUUGAAAAGCCAGUAGCAGUUUCUGAACUCUUCACAACUUUACCAAUUGUACAGGGAAAAUCAAGACCGAUUAAAAUUUUGACUAGAUUGACAAUUAUAGUUACAGACCCGUCCCACUGUAAUGUUUUGAGAGCAACUUCUUCAAGGGUCCGGCUGUACGAUAUUGUUGCAGUGUUUCCAAAGACAGAAAAACUUUUUCAUGUUGCUUGCACGCAUUUAGAUGUGGAUUUAGUCUGUAUAACUGUAACAGAGAAAUUACCAUUUUACUUCAAAAGACCCCCUAUUAAUGUGGCAAUUGACAGAGGUCUGGGCUUUGAACUUGUCUACGGCCCUGCUAUCAGAGACGCGACGAUGAGAAGGUAUACAAUUUCCAAUGCCCUCAACUUGAUGCAGAUCUGCAGAGGAAAGAAUGUAAUUCUGUCCAGUGCUGCAGAGAGGCCUUUGGAAAUAAGAGGACCAUAUGAUGUGGCAAACUUAGGGCUGCUGUUUGGGCUGUCUGAAAGCGAAGCCAAGGCUGCCGUGUCCACAAAUUGCCGAGCUGCAUUUCUCCAUGGAGAAACUAGAAAAACUGCUUUUGGAAUUAUUUCUACAGUGAAGAAACCUCGGCCAUCAGAAGUGGAUGAUGAUUCUCUUCCAGCUUGCAAGAAAGCUAAGUGAUCUCAAAUCAACUGGGAGACAAGCCUGGAAACAUGCCUAAGAGAAUCUAGUUCAUUGAGUGUCGCCAUUCCAUGGGCUGAAACCUCAGAUCUUCAUAAAAACGACUUAUGAUAUGUAUCUAUAAAAGUUAGCAUGUACAGGCAUUCAUCACUGCCUGCUUCCUGACUAUGGAUGCUUCAUGCUCCGGCUGCCAUGCCUUCUCCUCCAUGAUGGACCUUCAAAUGCAAGCUAAAAUAAACCUUUCUUUCCUUAAAUUGUGUUGGACAGAUACUUUGUUGCAGCAAUGAGAAAACUAAUACAGACAUACAGUGGAAUUUUAUUCAGCCAUGAAAAAGAAGGAAAUCAAGACUCCUGCACCUGCUGCUAGUCCUGAUGACCUGAUGUGGGUCCAGGCCCCACGUGUUAGAGGCAGAAGGCUGACCUGUGACCUCCAUGUGUACACCACGUUGUCCCUCCCCUCCCCACAGUGCCCAUGUUCCCAUACACAAAAUAAAUUUAGAUAUUUUCUUUUCUUUUA